GAUCCCCNUCCCCCCCCCCCCCGCCCCGUGGAGCCCGGGCUCUAUAAAAGGUCUCGCGCCUGGCGUCCCUUCGCAGUUGCUCAGGAGCUCCUACAGCGUCCGCCACCAGUCGGAGGUGAGCAGAUCGGCCGCGCCAGAGGCGGCCGGAGCAGACAUGGACAUGUCGAAAGAAGCAGCUGGUCAAUCUAAGAGCCAGGAUGAUAACUGUUGCAUUCUUACCGUGGACUCGAGCAGUGAUGAAGAGUAUGAGCCCUUUGGAACCGAAAAGAAGGAGCAGAAAAGGAGCAUUAGCUAUGUGGUGAUUGACUCUGACUCUGAAGAUGAAUACUUCAGUAAUAAAGUCAGAGCUCACAUAUCUGACAUAAGCAGCAAAGAUGAGAUUCUGGAUGUGUCAUCUGAUACCGAGGAACAGCAUCCCACCAAGGAGCCUCCCAUACUUAUUACUGAUGAUGACAGCGAUUUUGAGGGCCCUGUGCUCAUAAUAGACGAGGAUUCGUGUGAUGAGGGCCAAAGCACCUCACAGGAAAAAGAGAUGGAGGUCUUUGAUGUCUCCCAGCACAGUUCACCUCUUGACGCUGUGGAGCCGGAUCUUGGUGAGAAUUUUGACCAGCCACCAAGUGGUGCGGAGGCCGCAGUGGAGGUCGCGGACGAAGAGCCCGCACCCGUGGUGGAGCAGCCGAGGAAAAGGAAGAGUAAGACCAAGAACAUAUGUGUGACACCCGCUGUGAGAGUCUCCAAAAGGCGUGUGCCUUCAAAGAAGAAGCCCGGGGCGGGAAAAACUGAAAAACACAAGACCAGGCUAAAUGCUGCCUUGUUGCUACCAGUUGGCGCGAAACCAAAGCAGUGCCAGCGGCGAUGGAAAGGGAUGUGCAAAAUACCUGGAUGUUUCCUGCGUGACCUGGAAAACGCGAAGCAGUAUUCUGGAAGGAAUUUCAAGCAAAAUAAGGACAGCCUGGUUCAGAAAAUCUACACCCUGUUUAACAGCUCGGUGUUUGAUAAAAAGCUGCCGGAGAAAAUAGAUAUCGGCUGGAAUAAAAAGAUGCUGAGAACUGCUGGCUUAUGCACCACCGGCGAGACCCGUUACCCGAAGAAGCAGCGUUACGCAAAGAUCGAGAUUUCUCUGAAAGUCUGCGACUCUGCAGACCGUCUCCGGGAUACUUUGAUCCAUGAGAUAUGCCACGCAGCUUCCUGGCUGCUCGAUGGCGUCCGUGAUUCUCACGGCAAUGCGUGGAAGUAUUAUGCCAAGAAAUCGAAUAUGGUGCACCCAGAGCUGCCCAUGGUCACUCGUUGCCAUAACUACAAGAUUAACUACAGGAUCCAUUACGAAUGUACUCGGUGCAAAACCAGGGUCGGCCGUUACACCAGAUCCUUGAACACCGAUCUCUUUAUCUGUGCCAAGUGCAAGGGGCCUCUGGUCAUGCUGCCACUAACUCGCAAGGAUGGAACCCCCAUUGCGCCCCGUGUGAGGCCCUUUGCUAAGUAUGUGCAGGAGAAUUACAGAACGGUUAAGCAUGAGACGGAAGGGAUAAGCCAUGGGGAUGUGAUGAGACGGCUGAGCAAGGAUUAUGCUGAUAAGCAAAGGCAGGGUCGUUGAGGUUAUCUGGGGGUGUGUUUGUGUAGGCUGAGCCCCCCUACUGCUAAGGGAUAAGAAGUUUUAGAAAAAUAUCUCUAUUUCUGAUAAGCGAUGAAUAUUGAGAAUAUUAGGAUUUAAGCCGUUUCUUUAUAGCCUCGUACAGUUAAUGAUGAUCUUUCUUAAGCAAGAAUUCUGUUGCUAAGCAAUUUUGCACCCUCAACGGUGCUCACAAGCCCUUUGGAUCCACUCUGGGUAUUAGUUCGUUUUAACAUAGUUUUAACACGUAGAACACAAUGCAAACACAAACCGCGAUUUCAAGAGGGGCAGGUGGAGAGAAGGAGAGGGAUGCUGGCAGGUGGAGCCUGUUACACUUACCUAGACGUAAAAGACAAGCACGUUUCAUGAAUUCAGUUGCUCUUGACAUUGAAUAAAGCUGCACUGAGCUAAUGUAGUUGUUCAUAAGACAAAAAAAAUAAAUAAAAUUUUUUCUGCAAUUCA